AUGUCGGAUUCAACAACAACGACAGAUGGGAGCCAAAAAAGUUCGACUAUAUCCGAUUCAACUAAUGCAUCACAAGUAUCGUUAUCUACUGAAUACCAACACCAACCAACGAAAAUAAGUCGUAAUCCAAUUCUAUUAAAUGGACCUAGUAUGAAAGAUCAAUCAUCAUCAUCAUUCAUUGUAUCUCCUGAAGAUCGUGAAAAAUAUCGCUCACCAUUAAAUUCUCGCUAUGCAUCUGCUGAAAUGAGUUAUAACUUUAGUGAGAUUAAAAAAUUUUCUACUUGGCGACGUCUUUGGUUUUGGUUAGCGAAAUGUCAAAAACAACUUGGUUUGGAUAUUACAGAUGAACAAUUAGGUGAAAUGGAAAGAAAUUUAACGAAUAUUGAUUUUGACGUUGCUGAAGCAGAAGAACGUCGACGACGACAUGAUGUUAUGGCACAUGUUCAUACAUUUUCACGUUGUUGUCCAAAAGCUUCACCGAUUAUUCAUCUCGGUGCAACAUCAGCUUUUGUUGGUGAUAAUGCUGAUUUAAUCGUUAUGAAAGAUGCAUUUGAUAUCCUUAUCGUUAAACUUGUACGAUGUAUUCAACGUUUAACUCAAUUUGCACAAGAAUAUGCUUCUUUACCAACACUUGGUUAUACACAUAUGCAACCAGCACAAUUAACAACUGUUGGUAAAAGAGCAUGUAUCUGGAUCCAAGAUUUAUUAAUGGAUUUAAAAAAUUUCGAUCGUAUGAAAAGACAAUUAAGAUUUCGAGGUGUUAAGGGAACUACCGGCACUCAAGCAUCAUUUCUUCAGUUAUUCAAUGGUGAUCAUUCUAAAGUUGAAGAACUUGAUCGAAUGGUUACAGAAAUGGCUGGCUUUUCAAAAGCAUUUAUUAUUUGUGGUCAGACUUAUACACGUAAACUUGAUGUUGAAGUAGUCAGUGUACUUGCCAGUUUUGGUGGUUCAAUUCAUAAGAUGUGUACUGAUAUUCGUUUAUUAGCUAGUUUAAAAGAAAUUGAAGAACCGUUUGAAAUCGAACUAAUUGGGUCUAAUGCGAUGCCUUAUAAACGUAAUCCAAUGAGAUGUGAACGGUGUUGUUCACUUGCACGACAUUUGAUGACAUUAAUUAAUGAUCCACUUGGGACACAUUCUGUUCAAUGGAUGGAACGAACAUUAGAUGAUAGUGCUAAUAAACGUAUUUGCAUUCCUGAAGCUUUUCUAACUGCUGAUAUUAUUUUAUUUACAUUACUAAAUAUUUCGGAAGGCCUUGUUGUUUAUCCAAAAGUUAUUGACAAGCAUAUUAAACAAGAAUUACCAUUUAUGGCUACUGAAAAUAUUAUCAUGGCUAUGGUUUCUGCUGGUGGCAAUCGACAAGAAUGUCAUGAAAAAAUUCGUAGUUUAUCUCAAAAAGCAGCUGAACGUGUUAAACUUGAUGGUUUAGAUAAUGAUCUUGUUGAACGUGUUAAAAAUGAACCAUAUUUUGCACCUAUUGUCAACAAACUUGAUGUUCUUCUCGAUGCUAAAACCUUCAUUGGUCGUGCACCUGAACAAGUUUUUGAAUUUAUUUCACGUGAAGUUGAACCAACCUUGAAGAAUUUUUUAAUACCAAUCACACCGAAAUCCGUUGAUUAA